UAAUACUCAGAGCUUCAAUGAUUUGAUGCAACCUGUAUAAUCAGUAAGAAAGAAUAUUAAGAGUAAAAAGAAGGAAUAUAAUAGAGAAAGAAGAGAAACCACGAUAAAGAUAAUUAUAUUCGGAUGAUGCUUAGAUGGUUUCAGAGAAGAAGAAAUAAAAGAGGGGAUUGAAAUCCAUGAUUACACGAUUUUAGCAUGAUCCUAGAGCAUUUAGCGUGUCCGAACGGAGGGUAAGGUUGAAGAAACUGGCACGUUGGCCGGCCCUGAGCGACUCCCCGUAAUGUGGGUCGUCGUCUAACUGUUCCACGUACCGUUCCGUCGACUCGGUGCCGUCCAUUAGUCAGAUCCAACUCCUUCUCUUUCUUACCUCCACCAUUGGUAAUCAAGGAACGGAAGAGUGUCUUACCUCUCCUCUUUCUUCUUGAUCCUAUCGAUCGCUACUACGUCCACGGAAAUCUUUUCAAUCGAUACACGUUGAGAAAAGCUUAGAAAGUUUGUCCCUGAUCUGUCGAUAUUGCAAGCUGUGUCAAUGUUACAAACAUAUUCAAGAGUUGAAACAAAAAGUUGACAUACAUAAUCAGACGCUACUUUCAUGAAAUUAACUCCCCAAAAAAUGCUUAAAUAGACGGAAAAGAAAGGAUUGGCUCUAAUUGCACUCGGUGUCAAAAGAAAGAAGAAACAUUUUUUUUGGAAAUCUGAGCUUCAUCGAUGAUUAUAAUAUAAAUUAAUAGCAAUAGAAGCGGAGCAAAGUAUCGAAAGUUUCCUGUUUCAACGUUACCAAAAUUGAACCUAUUAAAAUUCAAUGAAGUUGUACUUUCAUUCCUCACAGGAGAAUCUUCAGGUUCGUUUUUUUUUUCUUUUCAUCUCUGUUCUUUGUACUUUCUUCUUUCUUUUUACAAUCGUUUCAUCCACGUCCCUAUGCUUUCCACCUCUUCGUGCACUUGCCACCACCUCGUUGUUUUCCUUCUACCACCUGGACGUCGAAGCUCUUCAGUCGUCGAGUGAUCCUCUGGCAAGGCUACAAGCUUCCGUGGCCUCGUCGCACGUUCAAUCACCUUCGUCGUGCUCGCGAUUCGAUCCCUCUUCUUCUCGCGAGGAAAAGAAAGAACAAACCGAGAGUGACGAGCUAAAAGGUAAUUGAAGUUCACACAUGGGGCAGUGAGUGACUGUCAAGGCCAAGUCGUUUUUCGGCCACCGAAGGAUAUCCAGUUUCAUCCAAUUCAGAUAUGACAAGAAAGAUGCAACCGAAUCCAUGGUCCCUGAUGAUGGCUUUGGCCUUCGUGGCCAGCGUUUCCUCGGAGUACCUGAUGGGCGGACACAUGGACAACGGUCCGCCGAAGUCUCUACUGGAAGAGAUGGAAUCUUCUCCGACUUUGGCAAGGACGGCGCAGCUGGAUGACCUUGACCUGGAUCUCGACGCAGAAGAGAGCACCGUUGCCCUGUCGACGUCCAACGACGAGGAAGCGCCUCGUUAUCAUCUUCCGUAUCCUUUCGCCUUCAACGGUGGCAGACCGUUCUCCCUGGAGAAGGAUCCGAUCACUGGAAAAAUCGACUUCGAGAAGGCACCGCCCGUGAAAGCGUUAAACUACACCAGUCGUUAUCAGGUACCCGUGAACGACGAGGAACAAGCAGACGAUAAAGAAUUUUCAAACGAGGAUACAAAGAAGAAUGUGGAGAACACAGAGACCGUCGAUGUUAGCCCUAACGAAAUCAAUCCGUAUUCGCCAAAUUUUCACGAUUUCCUUAAUCUACCUGUUCAUUAUUCUUCUGACAAGUACGGCAAGGACAAGUACCCGUUGAUAUCGAGCUCCUACGCGAACACGAAAGUACAAAGUGGCUCAAACAGCUACAGCACCUAUAACCAUAAACCUUAUCACGGAGAAACUGUGGCCUACUAUCAUACGAGAAAACCGUAUGUAUCUAAAACGACCUCUGCAACCAUCACGACGACUAGUACUACUCCAAGAACCACACCGUCGUCUACUACCACUACCACUACCACUACUACCACUCCCAAGCCUGUAACAACUAGCACGACAACUACGACUACUACCACGACCACGACUACUCCUCCUCCACCGAGUAGCACCGCAUCCAUUUCUACAAAGGCGCCCGUUGUAACCACUUGGAAGCCUCCAAGUACCACUAAACGAUUCGUAGGUCACUUGGACGACUACGAGGAUAUUCUUCCAAUAGAGAAACUUCAGGCUACCAUGUAUAAUAAUCGUCAUCAGGGAGCGAAUAACAUAAUGCAUAAUCGGGAUCCUCAGACGAAGCCUCCUAUGGAGCACGAAGAGUAUAUGUAUAGUUACGAAGAUUACGAAAUGAACAAUGGAGAUGAUUACGUUCCAGUAAAAGACUCGAGCAACGAGAUCGUCAAGACCAGUACAUUACCUGCGACAACGUCCACUGUUUCAAACGUGACAGGAACAACUGUUGGUACCCCAGAAACUCCUGUGUCAACCACUGCUGUUACAAGCACAGCAACUCCAUCAGCACCCAGCACGCAUUCUUCGUCGGUGCUUCAAGAGAAUACUUAUCAAACCAAUUCGGUACCGUUUCAAGCACUGCCGCAACGUCCGGUAACAUCUAUGCCUUUGGAUAACGAUCCUCGAUUCCCAACGGGUUUUGAAAACGAUAACCGAAAACAGGGUAUCGCGGACAACGUUAUUGUUAACCAAAAUUAUCGACCAAAUCCCAUUGUUGGACAGAGACCAAGUGGAUUGAGCGGAGGAUACGUAGUAGAGAGCACCAGUAAUAUCGUCAUACCACCUGAUCAGGAUACGGUAUCUUUCGUUCUUGGCAAUCGACAAAACGUCGAAGGGGGAUAUUAUUCAGUGGGCACAGCUAUUGGAGAGAAUCCCUAUGUUGGUUCCCCUGGAAUUGAUACCUCCUUUCGACCUCUCUACGGUAUCCCAUCCGAUAAAGGCAACUAUGAUCCACAAACGGAUCACCGGGGUACCAUUGGUUUGCCUUCGGUAUCUGUCCUGGAGAACAAUCCCAACUAUGCUCCCCAAGCUUGGCGACAACCAAAUCCCUCUGCCAGCCAGAAAUUAGGCAACGAGAUAGAACCUUCCAGGCCUCAAAAUUCAUUCGUGAAGGGUACCGUGCUUAUGGAACAGGCAGACGACAAGAAGGACGAUAAAGACGUAAACUUCGUAGUGUUUCCUAAAGACGAACCCAAACAGCCGGUCGAGGAGCAUAUCGUCGUUAUAAACGAAGCCGAUGGCACUGUACACGAGAUCACGGCUUCUUCUACAACGAAAAAACCUGUGAGGGUGAAUCCGCCUGUGCUUAACGAAGAACAUCUUCCACAACUUUCAGAAGACUUGACUCCACCAACCGAGCGACCAAGACCACCUCCACAGUUCCAUUACCAUUACCAUCAUGGCGGUACAGCGAGGCCUGAUCAUCCCAGACCUCAAAGACUUCCGAUACCACCGCGUGGAAAGCAACCACCCUCGCCUGCUUUCCCUCCUCCUCCCUCAGAAGCAGUAGGGAUAAGAAGACGUCCUUACUCCCCUGACACUAAUUUGCCUAAUAUUCUUCCACAGUUUCGGCCAAACGCUAAAACGUCUCACGGUCAUCGAGGAUCGGAAAGCAUCGGUACCAUUCCGGCUGGUCAAACUUAUCCCCCGACCAGGAUAAGGCAACCCGUGCAAUCUCAUCCACCUACCAGAAGACCUCUGCCUCCACCGCCGUCCUAUCUUCAAAGGUUAAACCCUCCGCCGCCACCGAUUCACGCGCUUCGUCUUGCAGCCGCUGCUUCUACUAAAACCGAGAACGUGAUACCUCCUCGAGAGCCGGAGCCAACCGUAAAGAGGUUUCGCCCUCCGCCGAUACCGGCCACCUCCAGAGGCGAGGACGACGUCAAGUUGGCGCAACGAUUGUCCAGUCAGAAACUGCGACUGGAAGAGGAGGAGAGAUCGGAACGUUACUCGGAGGAACCGCCUCAACUUCCUCCAAGACCACCGAUAUUUCCCAAACGUAGAACCGCGGAUCCACCGCACGUGGCUACUCUUCAGAUGAUCCAGCACCAUGGAGAAUUCGAAGAAGACGAUACAGAGUCUAAUCCUUCGUCAACAGGUACGAACACCAACGACGAGUCGGAGAGGAUUCUGACCGACCAGGAUGCGGACAGGAGAAAGUUCGACGAGCGUGAAACGAUGGCCGAACCACCGGUUUACGUGGUUUACCCCGUGAACACCGCGGUAAAUAUACACCCUGAUGAUUCCAGGGAGAAGGACGAAAGCGUGGUAGUUGGAACUCGGGGUCCUCAUCGACCUCUACCACCGGAGACGCUUCUUCAGGACAACGAGGAGCAAGAGAUGAACGAAGAACCAAGUCCAAUUGUUCAGAAUAUGUUCAACAGCCGCCCUGUCGCAUCGGAUUUUCCGUAUCCCCUGGAACGUCCUGAUCCUUCGAUUCUUGUCACUGGCAUGAGGGAGACACCACUGUUGGUGCCCAGUGAUCAGAGACAAGAGGACUCUACCAAAGAGAGUAACGAAGAAAAAGAUGAAAAGGAUUCGAGCGUGAACGUUAUACCGUACUUACAGGACUUUGUACCUUUCCCAGCGAGGAAGAACGAGGUCAUAUCAGCGACCCUCUAUCGUGGUCCAUCUCCUCCAUCCUCGACGCCGAUCGCUUUUGUUUACACACCAACGGCGCAAGCAUCUCAUCGACUGGACGUAGAUGUACGGGACGAGGAGGAUAAUUCAAAGAGCGAGAAAAACGAGCAGAAGCCGGUUCUCUUACCUUCUCAACAACCAUCUAGUUCCUCGAGUUCAGCGCCGUCCCCGCAGAAUUUCAUGGCACCGUUCGUCGCCAGCGUGAGCGCGGAAGCACCUUCGAAGAAUGGCUGGAGCGUUGUUAUGGUGGAACCAGCUGCGAACAGGAAAUCGGAUGAGGAUCGCGACUCCUUGGAGAAUCCCUCGGACACGGAAGAGUCUCAGACAGAGAAGAGCGAAUUCGAUGUUGAGAAUUUCAAACCGCAGUUGUUCGGUGGAUUCAAACCGAUUUAUGAGUUUCCAACGCAAGACGAGGACAGAGCAGAACGUAGGGAAUCAGGCGAUGAUAAUUCCGAGGCAGCCACGUCUGUUCAGCAAUCUGUUAAUUCGACGGUUUGACGAAAACAAACUUCUUCAUGAUAAGCUUAGUUUCGAAUAUUUCGUUGACUGUUCUCACGGUCUUCUUGGCAUUGUUAUUCUAUCAAAGAUAGGUCGACUUGGUUCUGAAUUAAGUCUCGAUGAGGAUCUUAGUAUUAGAAUAAUGCUGAAUGGAACGUUGUUUCAAAGGAAAAACUAAAUGUUUCGAGACUUCGUACAAUGGUGACUGGGGUGAUUUGCUGUCUUCUUUGGGAGGGACAACAAAUUAAUUAUAAGUCUGAACAUCUACAUUAUCCUUUGAUGAUUCUGAAUCGUUAAGCUUCAAGCAAAGGGUUAAAUGCAACGAGGUGCAAGUAUUUAAUACUUGCUAAUUACUAUAUUUACUAAUAAUAUAAUAUUUUAUAUCAGUUAAUAAUGAAGUAGUAUUUGCACCACUUUGCAUGUAAUCCUCUUAAACACGAUCGCAAAGAAAUACCGAGAAAUGUUAUAUUUAUAUUAAUUUAUAUACUUUAUCGAUAGGCUACAUAUAGUAAUUUAUAAAAUUUCACCUAUAUAUUAUAAAUUUUCAUGUUUUAUAUAUGUAGAUUUGUAUUCUGUUCAUAUUAGAUAUCUCAAACAUUUUCACACAUCAGUCAGCAUAAAUAAUGUAUACAUUAUUUAUUUCGCUUUAAAUCCAUCAAUGUAUUGAAACUACUGUUGUUAAUAAUUGCAACUAUAUUCAUAAAUGAUUUUUCAGUUAUUCGUUGUUGUGUAGUUGUAAUUAUCAUAUUAGACGUUUACGCAUAACUUUUUUUUAUAUUUUUAAAUUAAACUUACUGAAAUUAAAGAUUCAAAUGCAAUAAAAAACGUAAAGGAUG